AAGUUAAUUCGGAUGUUGUGCUGUGAACGUUAAACAUAAUUCCGGUUACAUCACACAACUCAACAGGCAACCGGAAGUUAAAUUGCAGUUAUAUACUGCAUUUUAAUUCCUCAAUUAUCGCAUAAAAGUUUUAAACUGUAUCAUCUCGUGAGCUUUGCACUUCAAUCCCAGCCAUCACCCCCUUGCACACAGAAGAAAUAAUUAUAUUUGAUAUUUGGCUGAUGUGACGGAGCUUUUAUUCAAGACACUUUAAGUGUGCGGUGUUGCUGGCAAUGUACAAGUGAAUGUGGUGGGAGAUUUUCCCAUGUAAAAACUGGGGCCGGCUAAUUUUGCAGUUAUCUGUCUUAGCCAAAGGCGAAUAAUAAAGUACACUAGAGUACAGUUGACUCUGCUUUGGCGUGUAAACAUUUACUAUUUGGUUUAUCUUUUGCGUAUACGAUAAGAAUUGUUGUUGGUCUUAUGAAAUGGAUAAGUGCUUCACAUGAGUGGCAGUAUCAUUCUAUUAUUAUUAUUAUUAUUAUUAUUAGUGAGUUAGCAGGUAGAAUGACAGUCAUUAUCAUAGGGUUCAUGUUGGACGGACCACCGCAACAAAAGUGUCAAGCGUUGCAGAUUCUCGAGUCGUGCGAUAGAGUGACUAAGCAAUGAACAAAGUUAUAAUUGCAAAAAAAGUGAUUGGAGGACCAAGUUUUGUUGUCUGUUAUGAGCAUCAAACUCAUCUAUGGUUUGAUCUGCUGUGCAUUGGGUCUCAGGGUUUAGUUUGAUUAAAGAAUGAAUUGAGACAAAGGUGCAUGUAGAAAUAUUAGUAUUUGACCUUCGGUGAGGUAAUUUCUAAUGCCAUCAAUCUCAUUCAAAACAACGUUCAAUAAUUAUUAAGGGAGGAUCAAGAGUGCAAAGAAUGCCAGGGACCAGCUUUGUUGCUCUUUCGUGCCAGUUGAAUAGCAUAAAAUAUUUAAUUGAAAGUGCUAAUUGUCGCAAGUGAAGUUCUUCGCUGGUUGGUUGUAAAUCUGGAAUCUUGUUGGACGAUUUUUAGUUUUGCAACAUGUCGUCACACAUUAGGAUGACUGAUGCAAAAACGCAUUUAGAACAAUGACACAUUAUGUGAACUACAAGUAGAAAACAAUGCAGCGUGUGGAAAUCGUGCGAAAUUUAGUCAAGAGGACGAGACGACAAAUCCAAUUCAACUGAUGUUGUGGCAAUAAUAAUAAUACCAAUAACUGGAUGGAUGUCGUGUACGUAUGUAUAAUAGGCGCACACAACCCUUUCUGAUAAGAACAGAAGAUGGGACUCAUUCUCAUCAAAUUGCGAAGGCAUAAACUACGAGACAAUCUGAUUCUUCAUCGCACGAACGCACCAGUGUGUGUGUAUACGUUGUUCUCAUUCUUUAAUACAUAGUGCGCUCCUAGUAAUUUCUCUGUUAAGUUAACUAACUAGAGUUGCAUUUGUUACCUAUUUCUUUAUUGGGUUUGUUCGACUCACUCCUCACUGCGACACAGACAACGACAAGACCAAGAGAUUGGCUGCACUAUCUUCAGUUAAGUGGAAGAAGAAGAAGAUUGCUCUCAUCAGCGAAAUAAGUUAAUGAGGCAGCAGUCAGUGAAGUGAAAUCAUCGGUUGUACACUUUGAUUCGGCAUUUUGAAUUGUAUUGUUGUUGCUGCAUUGUCAAUUGUGUUUUGACUAUAAUUGAGCUGUGUAAUUUGCCAGUUGGGUGGGGGAGUGCCAAUCAGUCUUCAGUGCUAUGAAACAAGAUUUGCAGGUCGAAGCAUUUAUGCCAAAACUAAUUGAGACUAUCUCAAGAGUCAGAGUUUAGAGUUUUGCAGCAAGUGUUUCUUGAUCCGUGUACAAGAAUUGCUGAUAAUUGUACUUUUCUUGCUCCUCGGUGCUAUCAUAUCACAAAGUAUAAAAAGUAUUUGACAGUCGUCCGUUCUGUGCAUUGCAUGGUUCGUUAUCCUCGUUGAGUUUAAAUGAGACAUUUAGAUGUGGUUAGAGGAAAUAGCGAAAAAAAUCGUAUAUGCUGUGUGAAUUUGCCGUGCUUGAUGUUGUGUUCUGAAAAGCGAGUAACAGGUUAACCGACAAACAAUCAACAAUAGAAAAAGCAAAAUUCUUCUUCUUGGAGAAUACCUGUUCCUCAACUCUUUUAUUCCUAAGAGCAACAGUCAGUACUACUAGACAGGCCUUACAUAGUUUUAACUGUGAAGUGGUUUGGCUUAGCGCAAUAAAUCUCAAUAUGACGACCAGGAAGCUAUUGCAGGACGAUGCUGACUGCUGCUAUGUCUCCCAGCCAGCAGCCUCAGAUUUUCAAGCUACCCCAUGUGGAUCAUAAGAAAUAAAUUUUGGUGAUAAUGAGGAUUGGAUUAUUACAACCCCGCAGUUCCAAUAUAUGUGCAAACUCCAUGGGAGGAGGAUUGCUGCGGAACUGACUGGCUGAAGUAGCUUCUGUAUGCGGCGUCUCAUAGAGAGUGACAUAUUUGAGAUUUAAUGACUGCAAUGUAAUUAAUUUUUCACUAGAUUGUGCACAGUACUGUUAUGCAUGGAACAAUCCUGUGGGUUUCAGUUGUAAUAAUGAAUUGGUACAUGAAAACAAGGACAAAUAGUUCAGUUCAAAUUGUGCUGGGCUCAAGAAUAGCAAGUGAUAUAAUACAUACAUACAUUAGAUUUGAGCAUAGUUGCAUUCUUGUACCUUAGAAUAAUAAUACAAAUUGUGAGACUUGACCAAUUUUUCAUCGCAAGUUUAGAAAAAUCUUAAAUUAGAGGAGAUCCUUUUACCUGCAUAAAAAUACCGUAAAGUCAAGAUGGGGAUUUCAUGGGAUAAAUUUCGUCGGCUAAUGGGCGGUCGUAAAAAGCAUGAACACGAGAUUGACUCGGCGAAAUUUCAGAAAAGCUAUUCCUUUAAGCGUGGCUCCGUCCGGAAAAGUGUUCGCCGAGGAGUAGUCGCCGGGCCUUCUUCCAACACGAGCAAAGUCCAAGGGGUCUCUUUGAAAGAAUUUUCAGAAGAGUCGUCCCCACAACCAACUAAACGCCACGGAGGUUAUUAUGACGCGGAAGUGGAUGCGAAUGUGGUUGGAAACGGUGCAAACAGUGCUUUAUUGGAUCCAAGUUGUUUGAAGGGCAAGUACGAGGUCGAGUACGAUCGUGAAAACAAUUUGCAAGUUGUAAAAACAUUCUCAACCACCCCGCAAAAACCACCACCUCCAUCGCCACUAGGAUUAUUAUCACCUUUAGAUCAGUCUCUCCCACCAAGUAACGAUUAUUCUAAUGGCAACAACAUGAUGGGCACAACAUUUGUCUUAAACCACAGCAGUAAUAAUAAUGGGAGCAACAACAAAGGAGAUCAUCCGUCUGAUUCGGGAUUGAGUAGAUGGACUCCAAUGAUAAGCCCAAUGGGCCGUAAGCAACGGACAGAGAAUAUAAAGCGUCUAAUGAGCGCUGCCGAGUGUGAGGACGACUCGGAGUGGAUUGACUGCGAGAAUUGCACUAAUGAUGAUGGAAAUGAUGAUGAGGAUGAUAAAAUUUACAACAAUGAAGACGGAGAAGAAAGCAGAAGAGUCAGAGCUGCUAGAAAUAAAUUACGCAUGAAUGAUUUACCUCCUGGACGUGUUGGGAGAGGAGAGGAGGAUGACAGUGAGAUUUGCGAAGACGAAUUUUACCUCUCCAUGUUAGCAGGAUCCCCAAAACCAUUAAGACGAAGCAAGGAUUCGGCCUUAUCUCGUUUGACCUCGUCAGAGUCAAGCAACACUAGUCACAGUAGAAGAAGUCGUAUUGGAAGCGAUUACAGCGGUGGUAAAUGUGGCAGUCGGAGUAGGUUAAGUGCCUCUGCCUUGGAUUUGGUGGAAGAAGCCGAAAAUUCCUUGGGUGAUAUAGAAAACAAAUCCGAUGGAGGUAACCUAAACAAUGACAGUGAUAAAUACAACGACGAUGCAACUCUCGAUAAAAACUUGUCUUUAUUAGACAGUGGCUGCUACAACUAUAACAGUGCUAAAUUGAGUAUAAAUGCUCCUACUCCAUGCGAAUCUCUGUUGUAUAAUCCUAAUGAAAUGUGCAAUAAACAUUCGUCAGAAGGGGAAAAGGAACAGCUUCAUCCUCCUCCACCACCACCUCAGUCUUCUCUUGAAAGAGCCAUGAUGAUAUCUUCUUCCUCCUCCUCCUCCUCCCCCUCAGCCUUGGUCAUCAAUCAGGAUAACACAACACCCAAAAGUUUCUGGUGGACACAGAAACCUGGAUCCACCAUGACCACUUCUUCCGGAGCCUCAAAGGAUUCAGGCUUCUCUCUGGGUCGCUCAUGGGCAUGGGGAAUUGCGUCACGAAUGUUUGGUAAAAAAACCAGAGGUGUCAAAGGUCCUGUCCUCAGCGUUAGCAAGGAAGGUUACUUUCAAAGAAGCAAUUUCAAUUUGAAGAGAAACAGCAUUCGAAAGCCCACUUAUCCGAUCCGAUCCUCUGGAGCAAGGCGGUCUAGUGCGAGGCUACGGAAAAGCGGAAAGAAGAGACGAUUGCUAAAUAAUAACCCUUCUGGUCAUCUUGUUGGAGUUGGUCAACUCAUUCCAGCAGCCUCAAUGACUAGUCUGAUAUUCCACGAACAUGACAUUAUGUUGGCGAGACAAUGUGCAAUUGAUGUUCACCAGAUGGAAGAUCCGUACUCUCUUAAUACUAACCGCAUUUUGCCCUCGUAUUCUUGCGAUCCAUUUGUUUUUGUCGCUCCGGAGCGGAGGAAAAGUAAACAUCCCGAUAUCAGUGCUCAGUUCAAAGGCUGCUCAGAGAUCCGAUUUCCGUUUCCCUUUGAAGAUGAACAAGGACAGAACAAUUCUCUUAAUGAUCCAAGUUUUGCAUGCUUUGAGGAAAUUAAAUUGCCUCGCUUGAGAUGUGAAAGUCGACAGGAAAACAUUGUCAUUACCAAAGUCACGGAAUUAGAGAAUGUCAGUUUAAAUGAGUGUAAAUUGAAGUGGAGUUUGGGUAGGAGUUCAAACAAUUUAUGCGACCCGGAUAAAACUCAACUUGUUGAAGGGGAUGGAAAAAGUGAAAAUAACGCAAAGUUAGGCGACGUGGUGGCAGACAUUGAUGAAGUUUGCGACAGGUUGUCCAAGAAUUCAUUCCAUAGUCAAACGGAACACGAACCCCUUGAAUCGGAAGCAACCAGAAGCGUUGUUACAUCUCCAAACUCGUCGUCGUCACUCGCAUCGAAUGAGAAAGAAAAUUUUGGACCCAUGAGACGAAGGGCAUCUUCGAAACGCAAGCGAAUAGUCAAAGUUAUUGCAGUAAAGCCGUCUGUUGCUCCUGUCCAUAGGCGACACUCGACACUUUAUCGAAAGGCGAAACUUGGGCACAAUUUUGCCCUCCCAAGGCCUACAGUCAAAAUGGGUGAUAUAACACAAAAGGGUUAUGAGAAGAAGAAAACCCGUAUUCUGGCACCCUACGCCCCGAAACAAGUCCUGGCCCCCAAGAUAAGUGAAGGAGCUGCAAGUCCAAGCACACGGGCCAAAAGAAGGGCACACAGAAAUGUCACCAGAAACGAAAGCAGAUACCAUUCAGAGGUCCGCCAGGAAGCGGUUCAACAAGCGCUCGCUGCAAUGUCAAGUCGUCCGAAACCAUCACUUCCAAUGCCGUCCAGGCGAAACUGUCCAGGGGGCUACCAGCCAGGCGACUCUAGUACGGAUGACGAUAGCGUUGGGAACGAAGAAGGUGACCACGAAGAUCAAGAUUCUGGAACCCCACCUGAACGUUCAGCAGGUCGCGUAACUAAUGAAACUCCACAACCAUUAGUGAUUUCUGACAGUAGUAGCGGCUCACAAACACAAAUGUCGGGUCCUCCAAAACUUCCAGAGAGAAAUCGAGUAUCAAAUGGAUCCGGACCAACCUUGACCUAUUCAAAUUUAGGAAAUUUGGCAGGAGGUAACCUUGGGUGGGAGGAGAAGCCUGUUUCAGCUCCAAUUGUAGCUCCUGAACAUCGCAGCAAUAGAGAUGAACAACAACGGAAGGCGCCGUCCGAGACACACCAAGCGUAUAACCAGCAACAGCAAAUCAUUCAGAGAAAUAGUCGACCUGAACUUACAGAUUUGGUGGAAGCCAUGAAUAACCUAAGAGCACAUCAAUCACAAACCCAAGUUUCACAAAUGCCUCCAGAUGUGACCUCCACUGGUAACUCAAGGCGUCUGGCACCUGCAGACAGAGUUAACCGACAGAAUAGAAGUCAGUCAUCAUCUGAUCAAAGCUCAGGAACUUUGACUGGAACUGGGAGGUGGAAGGUUUCCGCAAAAAUUCAGCAGCUUCUAAAUACAUUAAAACGGCCAAAACGUCGUCCUCUUCCCGAGUUUUAUGAAGAUGACGAUAUCGAAUUAGAAAUUGCAGCUAAGCACAAGGAUCCUAAUGCACCAGCUCCCGAAGGAAGUCAAAUGUCUCCUGCGGUAGGAGAACAGCUAACCAUUCCAUCUGGCCUACCACGCAAUCUUGAGGCAGCGGUCCAACGUUAUGGAUCGGCCACGUUCAAAGCUCCAGUUGCAACUGUAUUAGAUCCAAAUGGCAAGUUGAUGAUCACGUUGACAUAUGGAAAACUCCUAUCUCGUUCACAUAAGAUUGCUUUUGCAUUGGUCAACAAAACCGGUCAUAGAGGGGAAAGUAUUGUCAAAACCGGAGAAAGAGUUGCUCUAGUCUACCCCAACAAUGAUCCAAUCAACUUUAUGUGUGCCUUUUACGGAUGUCUUUUUGCGGGCAUUGUUCCUGUCCCUAUUGAAGUCCCUUUAACACGAAGGGACGCUGGAUCUCAGCAAAUUGGAUUCCUUCUUGGGAGUUGCAAUGUCUCGGUGGCUCUGACUUCUGAACUUUGUCUGAAAGGGCUUCCUAAAAUGGCUGCAAAUGGAGAAGUGGUUGCAUUCAAAGGGUGGCCAAAAUUGAACUGGGUGGUAACGGAGCACCUGGGAAAGACUCCAAAAGAUUGGUCUCCAUCGCCUCGCGUGACAGAUGAAACCCCUGCUUACACUGAGUACACGAAUGACCGGGAUGGAAGUGUUAUGGGAGUCACAGUCAACAGAGCUGCUACAUUAGCACAUUGUCGCAGCCUAACGACAGCAUGCAAUUAUACGGAAGGCGAAGUUAUGGUGUGCGUCUUAGAUUUCAAGCGAGAAGUUGGGUUGUGGCACAGUAUCUUGACAUCGGUAUUCAAUGGAAUGCAUGUCAUUUUUAUACCAUACGCAUUGAUGAAAGUCAACCCGGCAUCAUGGAUGCAAAUGAUUACGAAAUAUCGUGCGAGCAUUGCAGUAGUGAAAUCUCGGGAUCUUCAUUGGGGGUUGCUGGCUACAAGGGAUCAUCGCGACAUAAGCUUAGCAUCCUUGAGAUUGCUCCUUGUUUCCGAUGGCGCAAACCCGUGGUCGUUGUCUUCUUGUGAUCAGUUUCUAUCGGUUUUCCAAAAUAAAGGAUUACGACCUGAUGCUAUUUGUCCUUGCGCUUCCAGUUCAGAGGCUCUCACUGUAUCACUUCGAAGACCUGGACGAGCCGGUGUGAACGCUACUGGUCGAGGAGUAUUGUCUAUGCAAGGAUUAAGCUAUGGGGUUGUUCGAGUUGACCAAGAAAAUUCGCUGACUUCGUUAACUCUUCAGGAUUGUGGCCAGGUAAUGCCUGGAGCUGUGAUAGUAGUAGUCAGGAUGGAUGGCGUACCAAGUUUAUGCAAAACAGACGAGGUUGGAGAAAUCUGUGUCAACAGCUCUGCGAGUGGGUCGGGAUACUGGGGGCUACAGGGACUUACAAAUCAGACCUUCAAGGUCCAGCCGUUACAGGCUGAUGGGACGACAAUAAGCGAUGCAGAGUACGUUCGCAGUGGAUUAUUAGGAUUCUUGGGACCGGGCGGAUUAGUUUUCGUUUGUGGUUCUCGAACUGGACUCAUGAGCAUCAGCGGUAGAAAGCACAACGCUGAUGACAUUAUUGCAACAGUUCUGGCCGUGGAGCCAAUGAAAUUUAUUUAUCGGGGCAGAAUUGCGGUUUUUAGUGUGAAAGUGCUGCGAGAUGAACGAAUUUGCGUAAUUGCGGAACAGCGGCCUGAUUGUAGCGAAGAGGAGAGUUUUCAAUGGUUAUCGAGAGUUCUGCAAGCUGUUGAUUCUAUUCAUCAAGUUGGGAUUUAUUGUUUGGUGUUGGUUAACCCAAAUUGUUUACCGAAAACACCAUUGGGAGGAAUUCAUUUGUCCGAGACAAAAAGACGGUUUCUCGAUGGUAGCCUCCAUCCUGCCAAUGUACUCCUUUGUCCUCAUACUUGCGUAACAAAUUUACCAAAACCACGUGAGAUCCAUUCGGAUGUUGGCCCAGCCAGUGUAAUGGUAGGGAAUAUUGUGCAAGGAAAUCGUUUAGCUUCCGCUUCUGGAAGAGAUUUAGGAGUUGUCGACGAAGACUCGGAUACCGCUAAAAAGUACCAGUUUAUUUCUGAGAUUUUGAAGUGGAGAUCUACGUCUACGGCGGACCAUGUAAUAUUCACACUGCUUAACUCGAAAGGGGCCGUUUCUACUACAAUGACUUGUUCGCAAUUACACAAACGGGCUGAACGAGUUGCAUGUCUUCUGCUAGACAGGGCAAAGGUUAACACUGGGGAUCACGUCGCUUUGGUCUACCCCCCAGGACUGGAUCUUAUUGUAGCCUUCUAUGGUUGUCUUUAUGCAGGUGUCGUACCUGUCACAGUCAGACCACCACAUCCACAAAAUUUACAAACAACGUUACCAACUGUUGCAAUGAUUGCAAAUAUCAGCAAGUCUGUUUUGAUCUUGUCGACACAAAACGUCAUCAAAUUACUAAAGUCAAAGGAGGCUAGUAAUGUGGUGGAUAUAAAAUCUUGGCCACUAACGUUGGAUACUGAUGAUCUACCCAAGCGGAAGCUGCCAAAUAUCUAUCGUGCCCCGACUGCAGAAAUGAUUGCCUAUCUGGACUUUAGUGUUUCAACUACUGGCAUGCUGGCUGGAAUUAAAAUGAGCCAUUCAGCUGUCACGUCUUUGUGCAGAUCUAUGAAGCUCGCUUGUGAACUUUAUCCCUCUCGCCAUGUCGCAUUGGUGUUGGACCCAUACUGCGGACUCGGAUUUGCACUGUGGUGUUUAAGCAGCGUGUACUCUGGACAUCACUCAAUAUUGAUACCGCCCUCAGAAGUUGAAGUUAACCCUAGUCUGUGGCUCUCAGCCGUCAGUCAAUACAAAGUUCGCGACACAUUUGCCUCUUACGGUGUCAUGGAACUAUGCACAAAGGGCCUCGGUUCAUCAGUGGGACUCUUGAAGCAAAAGAACGUGAAUUUAGCUUGUGUUCGGACGUGUGUUGUUGUCGCAGAAGAACGGCCUCGAAUCAAUCUUACCUCAAGUUUUUCUAAACUGUUCGGACCGUUAGGAUUGAGCCCACGAGCUGUUUCCACUUCAUUUGGGUGUCGCGUAAACAUUGGAAUUUGUUUGCAGGGUGCAUCUAGUCCUGAGCCAUCGACCGUUUACGUAGACCUUAGAGCUCUUCGAAAUGACAGAGUUACUUUAGUUGAACGAGGAGCACCGCAUAGUUUGUGUCUUAUGGAAUCAGGAAAACUUCUACCGGGAACCAAAGUUAUUAUUGCAAAUCCUGAUACAAAGGGACAGUGCGGCGAUUCUCACCUCGGAGAAAUUUGGGUGCAGUCUCCCCAUACGUCUGGUGGUUAUUUCACUAUCUUCGGAGAUGAAAGCAGCUAUGCAGAUCAUUUCAAUGCACGCCUUGUAACUGGAACCACCGGAGAGGUGUACGCCAGAACUGGAUAUCUCGGAUUUCUACGGCGCACUGAAAAUGUUCAAGCUGAUGGAGAGCUUCACGAUGCCGUAUUUGUUGUUGGAGCCUUGGAUGAAACAAUUAUGUUACGCGGAAUGCGGUAUCAUCCCAUUGAUAUUGAGAUAUGCAUUUUGCGAUGCCACAAGAAGGUUUCAGAAUGUGCCGUUUUUACAUGGACGAAUUUGUUGGUUGUGGUUGUGGAGUUGGAAGGGAGUGAGAGUGAAGCCCUUGACCUUGUUCCGUUGGUGACGAAUUGUGUGCUUGAAGAACAUUUUUUGAUUGUGGGAGUGGUCGUGGUUGUCGACCCUGGGGUUGUUCCCAUUAAUUCUCGAGGCGAAAAGCAGCGGAUGCACCUUCGAGACGGAUUUUUGGCGGACCAGUUGGAUCCCAUUUUCGUCGCUUAUAACAUGUAACAGAAGAUCGCAAGACGCAAGUUUAAGACUUUUUAUACGAGUGUAGUCAGUGUAUUAGCAUAUAAUGUGUGCAGCUAUAUACAUGGUUGAAUCAAUAGUUUAUUUAAUUGGAGCUUAAUAUUCAGCAGCCAGCCCACUCUCAGCCAAGUUCUAAUUAUUAUAACCCGUAUUGUUAUUUAUUUCCUACACAUGUACACAGUUUAUGUAGCUGACAAUUUCAUUUCCUCAAAUUCUUGAUCUUUCGUUUCUGUGAUGCAAUUCCAUAAUUUUGUGUGCUUUGUAUUAACUUUCCAUGAAGUCUUUAAACUACUGGAGAAUCUGUUUACUGAAAUAAGUUUUAUAUUUUAUGAGACUGAUUAUUUGACAAACGCAUCACAUCUCUGGGCGUUUUACAAACUUUAAACUUUUUAUUAACAUUAUAGUGAACCACUGUAUAAUCAAUCGCUCACAAAUAUGCCCAAGAUAUUAUCAGUCAACACUACACAUUACUACACGUACAUACACAUUAUUAUUAGUCAAGAUACUACUGUAACAAUCUUGAAUCCAAAAAAGUAGAGGUUCGAUAGUGAGGCAAUGCAUAAAAAUAUGUUAAACUUACAAGCCUUGUAUACCGCUUGUUGAAUGUCGGCUUACAAAUUUCCAAAUUUGAUAUCAAGUUGAUGAAUAACACAAAAUUGUUCGCUCUUCAUGUAAGUACAAAAGACAACACUUUCGAUAUUUCGAUAAGUAAAUGUACUAACAUUUGUAAUUGACCAUAGCUUUGGUCAGUGCCAUAGACAAAGAUGUUAGUCAUGUAUCUUAUGUAUAAGGUUUAUUUGUGCUCAAGUUUUGUAACGCGCUAGUUGUGAUGUUUAUUAACAAAAAAUUGCUUAGUACGACUACCUAAGUUGCUCCUACAUAGACAAGAAAUAUUGCAAUUUGAAAACCAUUUUGCAACAGUUACCUUUAUAUUGUUUGUAGUUAUUUAUAAAUUUUCCAUACAAUAAUUAUAUUUCGAGAAUACUUCUAAAGUCAACCUUGAGUUUUUUCUGUAAAGGCGUUUCAUUUUUUUCAAGAUUUUUAUUUACGUACAUUUACGUUCAUUUUAUGUAAUUUAAGUAGGUGAUAAUUACUUAUUACACUUAAUGAAGUAUAGCCAUUUAAAGAGAUGAGGAAGAAAGCAUUGCCUAUUAAACAUGUAUUGUUCUCAGCCAUUUGCAAUGACUUGUUACAUAUUCCAUUUCUCACCAUUUACCUUUAUAUGUAAAUUACCAAAAUGGGAGUAAAUAAGCAAGUUAGUCAAGAGGCAUGGUUGUACGGUUGUACGAUACGUUGUCAAAAAUCGAUUUGAAUAAGUGACAUCUAUUAUUAUUAUGUUAUUAUUAUCAGUUGACUAUUAAUGAUGAAUAAACGCACAUGUGUUGCGCAUGAAUCGUA